AGAAACCGCGAAUCCAUCCAAGAUAAUAGGAGUCUCUCCGUGUUCUUCUCUGAGAUCAUCAACUUUUGCAGGCUCUCCUUCCCACUACCAUGGCUAUGACCAUGGCCGCUCGGCCGAUCUACUGUGAAUUGCAGUCCCAGAAAUCGGAGGUUCUAACAGGGAGAGACUCGCCGAUUCAGAAGCUGCAGCUCAAACCCACCUCCAUCACUGAUCCUUCUUCAUCGUCGUCGCCUGAUCACGCCAAGAUCGUCCUCCAGCCUCGCCUCUGUACUCUCAGGUCCUACCGCUCAGAUCGAACCGGUUUAAUCCGAUUCCGUCUUGACGAUGACAAAGUUUCUCCCUUUUUCGCAACUCUGUCGGAGUACAUGGAAAACUCCAAGAAGACACAGGACAUCGAGAUCAUCUCCGGCCGCCUCGCUAUGAUGGUGUUUGCUGCGACGGUGACGAUGGAGGUAGUGACGGGGAAUUCUCUGUUCCAGAAGGUGGAUUUACAGGGGAUUGAAAAGGCAGCAGGGGUGUGUUUGGGUGCUGUGGUUUCUGCGGCUGUUUUCGCUUGGUUCACUAGUGCUAGGAAGAGAGUGGGUCGGAUCUUCACUGUUGGCUGUAACAAAUUCAUCGAUUCCUUGAUUGAUAAUCUGGUUGUUGGGUUGUUCUCCGAAACAGAGCUCAGUGACUGGUCCGAUGACAUCUAAGGAUUACAGAGACAGUGAUCAUAUCAUUUACAGUACUCAUUCAACCCUUUAAUCUCCAUAUUCCAUGGCUGUAGACUACCGAUUAUACUCGCUUAUGCGUACCUGUGUUGUAUCGGAUUUGUAGAUCUAGGUUUUGUAUAUCAAGAACUUGAGAAUUUUGUCAGAAGCUUUUGGAUCUUAGAGAAUAUAGUUGCAGUGUUAUACUCUCAUUUUGAAGAAAAUAAGCAUUACUAUCUUAAUAUAGAUUUAUCUUUUGAUC